AGCACAGAGGGCUCCGACCUGCUGCACUGGCAGCUCACACCAUCCAGUGUCAUGUACAGAUUUCUUGCUCUGCAUUUGUUCAGAUCUAUUGAAAUACUUAAUUUGUAAAACUAUGUGGCUUGUUUUAUUUCUGUGUUUAAUAUUAUGCCCAGAUAGUAUCAGCAAUCCAUCGCCAGCUUGUGACCUGAAGAUUGUAUCAGCGUACGAGGAUUACGAAUAUGUUCAGGAUGGAGACAUCAUCAUUGGAGGAGUCUUCACCGUCAACUGUCUCAUGGGCGGGUACACGAUCCCUGAGAAGCCCAAUGUCCAUGCCAUGUUCUGUCUAAAACCCUUGCCUCAUUACUACAAGAAACUUCAAAUGUUCCUUUUUGCCAUUGACCAAGUGAAUAAAAAUCCAAGAAUCCUGCCUAAUGUGACCCUAGGAUAUCAUCUUUAUGACUCGUGUUCGGAUCCCAGAAAAGCCAUAAAAAGUGUCUUACAGAUUUUAUCCGGACCGGGAAAAACUAUCCCAAACUAUUCUUGCAGAGACCACCAGAAAUUAGCUGGUUUUAUUGGAGAUGAGAGUUUAACCACAACCCUGCCUAUGGCCCAGAUAUUAUCUGUAUUAAACCACGUGCAAGUCACUUUUGGGUCAAUGGGUGAAAGAGCUUUGUUUCCCUCUCUUUACAGUACAGUUAAUGACUACUUUGUGAUGUAUCGUUAUAUAUCAGAACUUAUCAGACUUUUUGGAUGGACUUGGGUUGGAAUAAUAACAUCUGCAGAUGAAAGUGGAGAGAGAGCAUCGUUUCAGUUGUUAAGCAUUUUGUCAGAAUUUAAAAUCUGUGUGGCCUUUAUAAUAAAUCAUGGUAUCAGUGUAUCAAAGCCUGAAAGUCGUGCUUUGGAAAGUACAUAUAACGCCAUUAAAAAAUCAGCGGUAAAAGUGGUCAUACUCUGUGGAACAUAUCAUGAUUUAAUAUUUGAAUCCUCACUGAGAAGAUUAUUCAGGGACAUAACAUUGAUCCUCACUCCCAAUUGGGCCUCAAGUAUUGUUCUUAUAGAAAACUAUCCGGAGAUGUUGAAUUGUAGCUUAUCCUUAAACUUUUGGUCCGAAGCCGAUAAGAAUUUCAAGAAUUUUGUUGAUGGUUUCCAUCCAAUGAUCCGCCCAAAAGACAAGUUACUUGAAAAUCUGUGGAUGACGACACUUUUCUGCUCGUCAGGAAACAAAAAAAAAGAUACUUUGUAUGAAGAUAUUUAUCAUAUUUCUCUUCACAAUUGUACGGGUCAGGAACAUUUACCGAACCCCGGAGAUUAUUCAUCUAACAGGACUACAGAUCCCGUGUAUUACGCGGUGGAAUUCUUGGAAAACAGUCUGCGUGGUCUGUACUCAUCCCAGAAUUAUUCUUCUCUUAAAGGUCAGGCAGACGAUAAAGAAAAAUACAGACACAAGGUGAGCGCAAAUGUGGCCAAAAAUAGGAGAGGCCUUUAUUAG